AUGGCUGAUCAAGAAAACACCCCAUUACACACAGUUGGUUUCGAUGCCAGAUUCCCUCAACAAAACCAAACCAAACAUUGCUGGCAGUCAUAUGUGGAUUACCACAAAUGUAUCAAUAUGAAGGGUGAAGAUUUCGCUCCAUGUAAGGUGUUCUGGAAGACCUACAAUGCUUUAUGUCCCCUAGACUGGAUUGAAAAGUGGGAUGAUCAAAGAGAAAAGGGUAUAUUUGCAGGUGAUAUCAAUGUGAAUUAA